AUGGUCAGUCACUGCCUCCAACGGCUACAUAUGUGCAAUUUCCGCGUCGAAACAGCAGGACUCAGCAGCAGUGCCAGCCAGAUUGCAUUACUUCCAAAUAUUGGAAGCAGGAAAUGGCAUACCUGGGUCUCAAAGUUGGAAGGUCUGAUUCUGUUCCACGAAGUCCUUGACCAGUAUAUCUACCCAUCCUCUCCCCCCCUCUCUUCUCUUCUCUUCUUCUUCUUUUCUUCUCCAGGGAGGUCGUCUAUCAUUCACUACCGAAUACAACAAGCGAGCCGCAUAGCGAUACACACUUACACCUAUACUUACAACAUGGACCUCCUUUACGUCAUCCUCGCGGUACCGGUCGCGGUCGCCUUCUGUUUUCUCGUCAUACUUCGAAAAUCCCUCCGACGUGGCUGGACAAGACUCCGCCCCCAAGUCAACGAAUGGGCAGGUCUGGCCAUGGUCGCGCUUCUGGAGGCCUUCAAGAAGGGCAUUAAGGACGCCCUGAAGGAGGUCUUCAAGGGGAUUAUCUUGACAAUUCUACGAGAAAUGACGGGCUUCCCGAAGCCUUGUGCCGCUCAGGGCGGUGCAGGUGGACGUUGCCCUGAUGAACCCUUCGUGGUUCACAGAAGGUGUCUUACCCGACGGUACCUUCAUCCGACAAUCUCCGACGCCCCGGUCCUUGGGCUCCAGCGGGGGACCUUACAGAUUAUGUGCUCUCUCGGGAGCUUUCUUGACGACAUGUUUUCUUACGACAUCUUACAUCACGGCAUCUUACAACACGACAUCUUGCUUCACGACAUCCUCCACAUUGGCAUUUUGUAUGACAGCCUCUUUCAUCAUGGAUCUCUUACCGUAUGUCCUUCCAUCACGGCAUCUUCUAGGACGACGUUUUUGGUCAAGACAUCGCCUGCCAUGGUUAUCCCCCUAUCACGAAUUGUCCCAUCACUGCAUUUUCCCGGCAUCUUGUACAUUAUCAUCUCUCAUCCUGGAUCCCCUAUCACACCGUCUCUCAAAGAAGCAUUCUUCGUCAUGGCUGUCUCUUGUCGAAACACACUCAUCACGGCAUCUCGCACAACAGCAUCUUCCAUCAUGGGUCUUCCAUCACGACGUUUUCUCUCACAACAUCUGUCGUCAUUGCCGUCUCCUAUCAUGACGCUUCCUGUCAUAACAUCUCACGACAUGUCUUCUACCAAGACGUCUACACUGGCUUUUCUCAUUCAUUGUACUCUAUUCGGCUUGUCCAAGGUCAUUGCCAAAGCUAUCCGUCAUGACUUCGACCCACGAGUCUGUCUUCCACCAGAUGACCGACUGAUCACUUCAUCUCAACGACUUCCUUGUCAAGAGUCUGAACACGAAGAUUUGUCAUCUAUGGGACGCUGUAGGAUGACUAUCCUUACUGGCUGUCGUGGUGUCGGUCCCUCCCGGACUGUCUCCAGAGAGCCUGCCAACAUCAGGAUUAUCGUCGAAUGCCCCUGGCCAGACUGGACUUCGGGACGAGAAGCCGUCUCUUCAUCCGUGCUCUUGAAGUCCAAGUCUGAGGAUGGCUAUCUGCAAGCUGGCAAACUAAGACAGUGGUAUGGCUUCCUUGCCUUUGCUCUUGAUUACCUGAAUACGCAGCUAACGUCUUCUGCAGGUUCUGUCCCUCUCAGAUUGUGUCUGUUUUCCAGUAUGGCUCAGUUCAUGUUGGGUGAAGCUGUUCUUCGUAGCUGGUGCUGGUGGUUCGGUCUUGGCCAAUCAGGUGACGCAUACUGCUGGACAUGUGUCGAAGGUGUUGCUGCCGCCACUGUCUCCUUCACCAUGGGUUGCUUCUCUUUGACUAUUCGUCAUUGCAGUACAAUCAACCAUGAGCGGCCGCUGGAAGGAGCAUCAAAAGGUGGUCAGAGCUUCCCAAGUCGCUGGUUCCCUCUGCCAAGUCUUGCACCUCCUCCUCCAAGCACCUGGAACCCCGCCAUGCCCGCCUCUUUUGCAGCAUCCAAGGUGGCUGUGCAAGCAAUCGACACUUCAACCCCUCUUACUGAACAAUCAAACUUCAAAGGCCUCUCGGGCACGCACCAGCGCCAUCACCAAGCUAAAGCACGGCGCACCACCACCAACAGCUGCUUUAAGCGCCAUGCAAGCUGUUUCGACGCACCCACAAUCCAACCAUAUUCGCCCUCACUACACCCCCGGUCCUUGAAUAGACAGAACCCGGCUCGUCGUCACAAAGUCUCAGAGCACCAUCCGAAGUGCCACUCACCUUUACCGUUCCUUGCGAUUCCUGCUCAGAGUGUACCAACCAGACCUUUUAUCCUCCGGACCGCAACUCGCUUCAACAACUUACCGAGCAGACGCUCUCUCCAACUUGCAAACCGAGCCUCUUUGGCUUUCUGGACCCCGCGGUCUCUCACCAAAGUUCUCCACGACAUUUACGCGCCAGUCGCAUCUCGAGACACCACCAUCCAAGAGCAACCAUCUUACCUCAACUUUCUGCGCCUGUUUUGCGCACCCAUCUUCAUCAUGGCUUCGGGACACAACGACCCCAAGCUUCUGUACGCCAUCAAUGGCGUCCAAGCCUUUCACAUCUCCAAUGGCAAGGAGGAGUCGCUCACACCCGCCGGGCCCCAGACCUUGUCGCUGUUGAUGGUACCGACUUCUUCGCCCUUCACCGACGCAGUCUCCCCCGCCGAGGACUUCUACCUGCACCUCCAUCUACCUCCCGAGCUUGAUCUUCCUCUUCCUGCGACAACACAGAUCUACCACCAGCCGCCAACUAGCUACCUGAUUCCAAGAUGGGAUCUGGGCCCAGACAGUGGCGCUUUCACACGUAUCGAGUUCCCAGACACUGGUAGCCGGAAAGGACUGCAGGAGGACGUCGACACCUUCGAAACGAUCCUUGCGCAAUGCACUGCAUUCCUCGAGCGAGCCCCGCCGCCAAAGACCUCAUCCAAAUCGGCCAAAGCCGCCGCCGCAGCCUCCGCAUACCCCUAUGAUGACCCCGUUACCGAUCGUCCCUCUGCCAAGUCCAGAGCUGCCGCCGCCGAUGGCCUCCCCGCUUACAACCCGGCCGACUACCAGCCCGGACAGGGCUAUGCCCCGGGAGCCCACAGCUCCCAGCACAAUGGCGGCCGGAUUGUCCUGAUUGACGAAGAAGACGGAAGCGUCAUUGGGGAGCUGACUGAGAACUACCAAGUUGUAGAGGAGCUGGGCGUCAAGCCUGGAACAAAAGGUAAGUUUGGCGGCACCUCGGCCGAGCUUGACUCACAUGGCAUGCUAGAUCCGGUGGAGAUUACACUCCCUGCCGACAACAGCCAAGCCAUUACCGUUCAGCCCGUGUCGCAGGAGUACCGCGAGAUGAUUAUGCACCCAUCGUACAAGAAGUCGUUCUUGGUGUCGAAUGCUUCAAAAGCGUCUCGACUCAUUGUGACAUCGUCGGACUUGAUCACAAAGGGUUUGCAGUCCUCGGCCGACAACUUUACAAAGAAGACAAAGGCGACGACCGAACCCGUGACGUUCACUCCUGCCGCGCACGACCGUGUACGACGCAUCAACCAGUUUUCCACCAAGGCGGCUGGUCUGUCGGCGACCACGGUUGGAGCGGUGGGCAAAGUUGCCCAAAACCUGGGCGCCACCCUGGCUAGAAAGAAGGACGGCAGUGGAAGAGGAUACGAUAAGGAUGGCAACCCAAUUGAGGGUUACAAGCCUGGCCUGCUGAACAGGAGCUUGAUGGCGUUCAACACUGUUGCGGACGGCAUCGAUCAAGCAGGACGUAAUCUGUUGACUGGCACCUCUUCCAGCGUGUCACAGAUGGUGGAGCACCGUUGGGGUGCUGAAGCUGGCCAAGUAUCCAGGAACAUUGGCGGCGGCUUCAAGAACGUUGGGUUGGUGUACAUUGAUGUGACUGGUGUAUCCCGCAGAGCAAUCUUGAAGAGCGUAGCAAAGGGCAUGGUCGUCGGUAAGGUAAAGGGUGGUGGACAGAUCAUCGUCGGAGGCGGCGAUGGCGGAGCAGUGGGUUAUCUGGAAGACCAGAAAACUCGCAAAGACGACCAGAGCGAUACGGCCAGUAUGUACACGGCGUAUGAGGGCAAUGGCAAGCAGCCAGCCGGCAAGAGACUACUUGGAACGAAGAGGGAUGGAUGGUGGGCCACUAUGCAGUUUUGUCCAGGCAAGUCCGCUGGCCGCAUUUGUAAGGCUAGAGAAUUCACAAUGUGCCGGUGUGCCGGAAGCCGUCGGCGAUUACCUAAUCUUAGACAAAUGGUCACGUGGAUCCGCAAACGCCUUGCCGGGUCUGAUUGUCUCAGUGUAGCCACUUUAGCCCGUCCGGUCGCGUCAGAUCGCGCUUUCCUCCUGGCGCCCACUUCCAUCAAUGCGACUACUGUGAUAUUGGAAGGGAUCAGGCCCUCAGCAUGGAGCCUUCUUGACAUCGGUGCUGUUCUGUUGUGGCUCGCGCUCUCCUGUUCCCGUUCGAGAGAAAGACAGAGAGAUUGGAUAUCCUUUUGGGUUCCCCAACUCUCCCCGUCUUUUGCUUCCUCCCGCCAACCUGCCCCGCCAUCCCGCCAAAUCCUGGACGACAUCUACCCGGCGGUUUUCCUCUCCGCCGCGCUUUCAUCUUGCUUCUCCGUGACUUUGGCGAAAAGUCAAGGUCCAAGAAGCCGCCGCAACCACGCGAAAUGUGCCACAUCCUCCUCCUCCGUCCCCUUCUUUGAACCCAUGAUCGAAUCCCUGUCUAAGCAAACAGCCGGCAUGCUCCACGAAGUCCUCCUCGCCCUCUCUGGGCACCCCUCCCCUCUCCUCCGAACCGACAACACAGAUCCCAAUGCGCUAUCAACGGCAAUCUCACCACCGGAGCGCGAACUCCUAGCCACCGCCGCCCACCUGAGCGACCUUCAUGUCAAACUGCAGAGCUACACCGCCCCCAUCGCCGCCGAGCACCCAUCUACGAUAUGCCGCGCCACCGCCACCGCGAUACAGUCCGUCCACCUAGCCGCUUUCCAGCGCAAGGUCCUCGAUGUCGAGGAGACGAUACUGCGCAAGGACUCGAGUCUUGUCGGCGCCUACAACAUUGUGCCAUUGACCGCCGUUGUGGGAGAGUUUUCCGAGUGGACGAGACGCAUGGAAUGGUUGUGGGAGAUCGUGCAGUUUAUGCUGAAGAAGCAGCAAGGGCAAACGUGUCGCGGGGCACAGCUGAUUGACAGGCUGAGGAGUGAGCUGCAGAGCGGCUAUGUCGAUAUUGAGAGGACGGCUAUGAGCCUCGUAUCCGUGGCAGAGACGGCCUGGCUGAAGCAGGUUUCUGCUUGGAUCCUCUACGGACGAUUGCCGACCUUUGGAGGGGAGGACUUUUUUGUGCAAAAGUCGGAGGGAGGUGACCAGGAAUACAUCUCGGUGCCGGCUUUUCUACCCAACUUUGUAACCCUACCAACGGCAUCGUCAAUGCUCUUCAUCGGCAGGUCGCUCAACCACGUCCGUGUCAAGGGCAGUGUUGAAUCUGGCUUACAAGGCCUCGAUCACCUGUCUUCGCAACUAAAAGAGCUAUCCGCUUUAACCUACCCUCUCCACACGGCGAGCUUCUCGCGCGCCAUUACCUCGAUCCGCCUCACACUCUCACGGACGAUCUUGCUCAAGCUCCUGCCUCUCGCCAAAGUUGUUGAGGCACUGCAGGUUUUGCGAGAGUUCUUCCUUCUUGGCCGCGGCGAAUUUGCCAUGGCUCUGACGCAGCAGGCUGACGAGAAGCUUCGGAGCAGGUGGAAGAGAUCCGACAAUCUCGCGUACGAGAAGCGAGAAGGCCUCGGCACCUUUGCCGUCAAGGAGGGCGAGGUCGCCGCCGUGCUGGCCAAGACAUGGGCGGCCAUGGGCUUGAUGCAGGGACAGCACGCGGACGAAGACGAGGGGUUGGAGAUUGCGAGGGAGCUUCUGCGGUUGACUCUCACAAAGUCCAAGCCGGCAGUGCCCCUCAAGCUCGAAGCAAGCGUAUCACGGCCCGCGACGAAAACUCUGGCCACGACCCCUUUCCGCAACCUCCUUUUAUCAGUCCCUGUCGUCUUGACGAUGCAGAUUCCCUCGCCCAUGGACAUGUUCCUUACCCCUUCCGACUUACAGAUCUAUUCCACCAUCAACUCAUACCUUCUCUCUAUUCGCCGAGCACAUAUUCGUCUCACUGAGCUGUGGAAGAUCACAUCCCUACGCCGGCAUCAUCCGGCACCCCCAGGACCACCCGCCGGAAGCACUCGAGCGGGGCGCUCUAAGGUGAUACUGCUGCGUCAGCGCUAUACGCAGCGGUCCAAUGCCUUGCGCAGCGCCUGGGUGACAUGCAGCUCUGCUAUAUUCUUUCUUUCCGAGACGGAGGCAUACUUACAGACGGAAGUAGUGGCUGGCCUAUGGGACGGCUUUCACGACUGGCUGACUCCCAAGGCAGAGACGGACGGCACUGAAACGGGGCCUCAGGGUGUAUCAACCAAGGCAGCAUCUAAACCUUCGACAGUAGUCGAGGCAGAAGAUGAGGACGACGACGACAUAUGGCUAGCUCAGAGCACGCCAACAACAAAGUCAUUCAAGCGAGCAGAACCAACAACGACCACAACUCACGACCCCCAGAGUCUCGCCACGGCCCACAGGGCCUACCUCCGCGCCCUCUCCACCCGCCUCCUCCUUACCUUUCCCACCUACACGGACCCGCUGUACAGCCUCCUCACGCACACGGAUCACCUCGUCGCACUUACGCAGCGUCUCCACGCCGUCUGGACCUCGAUGGACCUCGAAGCGGACGCGGGCGUCGUCGACGCUUUUGUGGACCUCGAGAUUGAGGAAAAAGAGGUCCGCGCCGCGAUCCGCGACGUGGAGAAGCAUGUCAAGGACGGGAUCCGGGACGUGAUUGCUGCGUUGCGGAGCCUGGAGGCGGACCCAGCGGCGUUUGCGGACGAGGAGGAGGGCGGCGAGGAAGGGGUUCUUAGAGAGGAAGGGGAGUAUGUGCCGCGGAGGGUCGGUGGCGUGGAGAGGUUGCUGAUGAAGCUUGAUUUGGCGGGGUGGUUUGGGGAGAGGAAGGAUGAUUUCGGCUUCAUGUUUAAGCGAGCAUUUGCAACACGCGCACCUAUACACACGACACAUGUGGAAUGGACAAAGCCUGUUGCCACCCCCGCAAAGGGCAGAUGCUGGGGAGAGGGUUCCUCGGAACACCCCCGAUUCCGAUAA